AUGAAGACAGCCAACCACACAGAAAUAAGAGAGUUUAUUUUCCAAGGUUUCUCCAGUUUCCAAGACCAUCAACUCACACUCUUUGUGGUAUUUCUUACCCUGUACAUGCUGACUCUGGCUGGCAAUGUCAUCAUUGUGACUGUUAUCCAUAUUGACCAUCACCUCCACACCCCCAUGUACUUCUUCCUAAGUGUCCUCUCCACUUCAGAGACUUUCUACUCCCUGGUCAUUAUUCCCCGUAUGCUUUCUAGCCUUGUAGGCUUGAGUCAAUCCAUCUCCCUGGAGGGCUGUGGGACACAGCUCUUUUUCUUCCUUGGCUUUGCCAUCACCAACUGUCUCCUGCUAGCAGUAAUGGGGUAUGAUCGUUAUGUGGCCAUCUGCAACCCUUUGCGUUACUCAGUCAUCAUGAAUUGGAGGAUCUGCACCAUGCUGGCAUCCUCUGUCUGUGCUAUAGGGUUCUCACUUUCAUUGGUGCAGGCAGUGGUCAUUUUCAGACUGCCCUUUUGUGACUCCCUGAUUGAACAUUUCUUCUGUGAUGUCCGACCUGUGCUGGACUUGGCCUGUGCUACCCCAAGCAUCAAUGAUAUCUUGACCUUAAUUAUCACCCUCCUGGCUGUCACCAACCCUGCCAUCUUCCUCUUCAUCUCUUAUGUCCUCAUUAUUUCCACCAUUCUUAAGAUUGCCUCGGCUGAAGGCCGAAAGAAGACUUUUGCCACCUGUGCCUCCCACCUCACUGUGGUCAUUAUCCACUAUGGCUGUGCCUCCAUUGCUUACUUCAAGCCCAAAUCAGAGAACACCAAAGAUCAAGAUCAGUUAAUCUCAGUGACCUAUACAGUCAUAACUCCCCUAUUGAACCCUGUUGUGUACAGUUUGAGAAAUAAAGAAGUCCAGGAUGCAGUGCACAGAGUGAUGGGUCGAAAAUCACUUUAUUAA